AGCUUCAGCUUGUCCCGCCGGGGAGGGAAGAAGGGCGGCGCUGCCACUGCUGCUCUCUAUAUUGCACUGAGCCUCGGUGCGCCUUUCCCCCUCUUCUUGCUCUGAGUUCCGUCGAGUGUCAACCUCAAAUUUGGGAGACAUGGCUGGAUAUUUGAAAGUCCUCAGCUCUCUUUCGAGGUCCCUUUCCAGGAACCCUGCGGUGCUUGCUCCGGCUGCCAGUUGCCAGACUUUGCCACAAAGAAACUAUGCUGACAAACGCAUCAAAGUGGCCCAGCCAGUGGUGGAGAUGGACGGAGAUGAGAUGACCAGGAUCAUCUGGGAGUUCAUCAAAGAGAAGCUCAUCCUGAACAAUGUCGAUGUUGAGCUGAAGUAUUAUGACCUCGGUCUUCCAUACCGGGACCAAACCGACGACCAGGUCACCAUCGACUCAGCCCUGGCAACCAAGAAAUACCAUGUGGCCGUGAAGUGUGCCACCAUCACACCCGACGAAGCCAGAGUGGAAGAGUUCAGCCUGAAGAAGAUGUGGAAGAGCCCCAAUGGUACCAUCAGGAACAUCCUCGGUGGAACUGUCUUCCGUGAGCCAAUCACCUGCAAGAACAUUCCCAGGCUUGUUCCAGGCUGGACACAGCCAAUCACCAUUGGCAGACAUGCCUUCGGUGAUCAGUACAGAGCCACAGACUUUGUUGUUGACCAGCCUGGAAAAUUCAAGAUGGUCUUCUCUCCUGCUGAUGGAAGUGCAGGCAAGGAAUGGGAGGUCUAUGACUUCCCUGCUGGUGGCUGUGGAAUGGGCAUGUACAACACAGAUGAGUCCAUUACAGGCUUCGCACACAGCUGCUUCCAGUACGCCAUCGGCAAGAAGUGGCCUCUGUACAUGAGCACAAAGAACACCAUUCUUAAAUACUAUGAUGGCCGAUUCAAAGACAUCUUCCAGGACAUCUUUGAGAAGCACUACAAGCCUGAGUUUGACAAACUGAAAAUCUGGUACGAGCACAGGCUUAUUGAUGAUAUGGUCGCCCAGGUGCUCAAGUCUUCUGGAGCCUUUGUGUGGGCUUGCAAGAACUAUGACGGAGAUGUUCAGUCUGAUAUCCUUGCACAGGGUUUUGGCUCUCUGGGACUUAUGACAUCAGUUCUGGUGUGCCCCGAUGGAAAGACUAUUGAGGCUGAGGCUGCCCAUGGCACUGUAACCAGGCACUAUCGUGAACACCAGAAGGGAAGGCCGACCAGCACUAACCCCAUCGCCAGCAUUUUCGCCUGGACCAGAGGCCUGGAGCAUCGUGGCAAACUAGAUGGCAAUCCCGACCUCAUUAAGUUCUCCCAGACUCUGGAGAGGGUAUGUGUCGAGACUGUCGAGAGCGGUAUUAUGACCAAGGACCUCGCAGGCUGCAUCCACGGCCUGUCCAAUGUCAAGCUGAACGAGCACUAUGUCAAUACCACAGACUUCCUCGACGCCAUCAAGACAAAUCUGGAUAAAGCCCUCGGCAACUGAAGGACUUGAAAGAAUAUAGUUAGCCUGGAGAUUGCAAUGUCACUCAUCUGUUUUUGUACCUCAUUUUUAACUUGAAAGGUCAAUAAAUCCACUUAUUACUGAAGAAAAUAAGUACUGUGUCUAGGAAUAUGUAGUAUUCUACUAGGUUAUUAAAUGGUCGACAGCUGUCCUUCAACCUGAUGCCUCCCUAACUAUCUGUCCCAUUGUUUGCAAGGUUUUAUUUUUGUAAUGUGAAGUACUGUAUUCAAUUACUGUGUAAUGCCUUGGGCAGGACUGAAGCCUCUGUCAAACAUAUUUGCCAAUAAAUCCGUGUUUGACUCACCUUUAA